ACAUGGACCGCCCGCCGCCCGCCGCCGCGUAGCGCCGCGGGAGCAGCCGCCGCGGGGAGCGUUGGGCAUGGCCCAGCACGAGGAGAGCCGCGGAGGGCAGCGCUGCCCCGUUACUACUUGGUCCAAGACAGCUGAUGUAAAUUUAUCCAACUCUUUAAAUGGUUUGAGCUUGAUGGGAAUUCUGGAUGCAAGAGUGGGCAGCAGUAUCCAGAGUCUUCAAAACUUCAAUUCAAGGGCCCCAAGAUCUCUCUCGUUGCCUGAGUAUGGGCCUAGCCAACACUGCAGUACUUCAGAAGAUUGUCAUAGCCUUAAAUCUGUGGAUUCUGGUAUUCCAACUCUAGAAAUAGGAAAUCCAGAGCCUGUUCAUUGCAGUGUGUUAAAUGUGAAGAGAAAGCAGUCAGAACCUGAAAUUGUGCCUGACAGAGCUUUUCAGAGUGCAUGCACACUGCCAUCUUACGUGCCUCCACAUUCUUUGACUUCUGAACAUGACCAUCCUGUGCGAAAAUCCUCAACUUUUCCUAGAACGGGGUAUGACAGCGUCAAACUUUAUAGUCCAACUACCAAAGCUCUGAAUCGAAGUGAUGAUAUCUCGGUCUGCAGUGUUUCUAGUCUUAGCACAGAAUUGUCAACAACUUUAUCGGUUAGCAACGAGGACAUUUUGGACUUUGUGGUCACAAGCAGUUCAAGUGCAAUUGUGAAUCUCGAGACUGAUGAAGCGCACUUCUCAGAUGUAACCCUGAAUUCCACUAAAGAGACCAAUGAUCAAAGCCAGCAGGAGUGUUGUCAGGAGACAGAUGUGGACAAUAAACUAAAAAUAUUGGGACCUUUUACUAACUUCUUUGCCAGGAACUUGUUUACCAGAAAGCCAAAUGCAAGAUUUGAAAAACAAAAUGAUGUGGGAUGGAAGUUGUUUGGAAAAGUACCCCUCAGAGAAAACUCACAGAAAGAUCCAAAGAGGAUGCAAAAGGAAUGUGAAGAAAAAACUGGACGAGCUCACAGGCCACUUUCUCCCAAACAGAAUGUGAGGAAGAAUCUUGAUUUUGAACCGCUUUCCACUACAGCACUUAUUUUAGAGGACAGACCAGCGAACCUCCCUGCAAAACCAGCAGAAGAAGCUCAGAAACAUAGACAGCAGUACGAAGAAAUGGUGGUUCAAGCGAAAAAAAGAGAGCUUAAAGAAGCCCAGAAGAGAAAGAAACAACUGGAAGAACGCUGUAAAGUGGAAGACAAUAUUGGCAAUGCUGUUUUAACUUGGAACAAUGAAAUCUUGCCCAACUGGGAAACUAUGUGGUGUUCCCGGAAAGUUCGAGAGUUAUGGUGGCAAGGCAUUCCCCCAAGUGUGAGAGGCAAAGUCUGGAGCUUGGCGAUUGGCAAUGAGUUAAACAUCACCCAUGAACUCUAUGAUAUUUGCCUGGCUCGUGCCAAAGAGAAAUGGCGAUCACUUAGCACGGGAGGGACUGAAAUAGAGUGUGAAGAUGCUGGGUUUUCUGCAGCUGACAGAGAAGCAAGUUUAGAGUUGAUAAAACUGGAUAUCUCAAGAACGUUCCCUAAUCUCUGUAUUUUCCAGCAGGGUGGUCCUUAUCAUGACAUGCUGCACAGUAUUUUAGGAGCCUAUACUUGUUACAGACCUGAUGUAGGCUAUGUGCAAGGCAUGUCAUUCAUAGCAGCAGUAUUGAUCUUGAACUUGGAUACUGCAGAUGCCUUCAUCGCUUUUUCUAACCUUUUAAAUAAACCCUGCCAGCUGGCAUUUUUCCGUGUGGACCAUGGCCUUAUGUUGACUUACUUUGCCGCAUUUGAGGUAUUCUUUGAAGAAAAUCUGCCAAAGUUAUUUGCUCACUUCAAAAAAAAUAACCUAACUCCAGACAUCUACCUUAUUGAUUGGAUAUUCACAUUGUACAGCAAAUCUUUGCCACUAGACUUGGCAUGUCGUGUCUGGGAUGUGUUUUGCCGUGAUGGAGAAGAGUUCUUAUUCCGUACAGCUUUGGGAAUAUUAAAACUUUUUGAAGAUAUUUUGACCAAAAUGGACUUCAUUCAUAUAGCCCAGUUUCUAACAAAGCUACCAGAAGAUUUGCCUUCAGAAGAAUUCUUCACAUCUAUUGCUGCCAUUCAGAUGCAAAGUAGAAACAAAAAAUGGGCUCAGGUAUUGGCUGCUCUGCAGAAAGAUAACCGGGAAAUGGAAAAAGGAAGUCCUUCGCUCAAACGUUAAAGCUAUGGUUGCAUCAAGUGAAUCACUGGAAAAAGAUCUGAAAUGGGAAAAGUAUUGAGUAUAAUUUGACAUACAUGAGCCUGCAAAUCAAAGUGUUAUUUCAGAGUUUUGUUUAGCAGUAGGUUAGCCUUAAAAGGGAGAGAGGGAGGAAAAAGGAAACCUAGGCUUAGCCUUAAACUUCUAGUAGAAUGAGCAUUUGCAGUGGACAGCAUCCUGUUCUGUACUUCUGAUGAGUACAGUGAAACAAAACAAUAUUUUUUUUUUUUUUAGUUUUCUAUCGUAUUUUAAAAUACUGGGCAUUCAGCAAUGUUGAUUGCUUUGAAAGCUGUUUCCCAGUUUAAUUUUUAGGCAGCAUAUGCUUCCCAUACACAUAGCAGUAGCUGGAUCUGGAUUUUAAAUAACUGGUGCUGGAGUUUAUAGUUAAAUGAUGUUAAGGACCAUUUAUUUAGAAAAGCUUCUUGUGUGCUUUGUUUCUUAUAGGCUGUAGGUCCCAUUUACCAAAGAAAACAAAUGCACACAGUACUACAUUCCAUUCUUUAACAAAACAAAAAAUAGAAAAUAAGCUUGGAAGAGAAAUCACACUAGCAUUUCAAAGCUUUUUUUUUUUUUUCUCCAAGCUGCAUCUGUGUUUUCAAUCUGGAUGCAUAUGAAAAAUGUUCUAUUAAUCCAAUUAGAUUCAAACAUGCCAGGAGGGUUUCUAGUAUUAAGCUGCCACUAUUUCCCAGUUAUACUCUUGCUUUCCUCUAUGUAAAAAUAGGUCAUAUACUACUAAACGUAUACUUCCAUCUAUCUCUCUUCUGGGGCAGUGCCGUUUCAGGGUGCCUUGGCCUACCAGCUACUUAUAUGCCAUCUCUCAAUUACGCUAAUAAAUUUUUUUGUGGGCUGAACAAACAUCUGAAAACGAUUGAACACAACUUUUAUAGUAGCUUUUAACCCAGCUGUGGUCUGGCAAAACUGAGGAGGCUGGUAUGUGGGAGAACUUGCAUGACCAGCUUUGCUGCUGUUGCCACGGUAGAAGUGGGUAUGUGGAGCUGAACUCUGCGGUGACAAGUGAGAGAAGUUUAUCAAGGAAUGUGCCAGACAAAUUCUAGCAGGAUAAGUAAAAGCUGUCAUUUCCUAGUUCCUUUUUAGGAUUGUUUUACCCAACUGAUAAUAUGUGUGAGCAUGUUACAGAGACGGCAAACUGCAGUUGCAUAUUUGUUACACAGCUUAAAUUCUCUCUGCAUUCAGCUGAAUGUCUGAGUGUAAAUCAUGAGUGCCUGUGAUUUACAAGAAUGUUUAUCACAUAAUGUAUAGCGUAAAAUCUAUUUUAUAAAUAAUGACUGUCACUGAAAAGGGAAACUAACUGAAGCAAUAUGUGUAUUUAGCUGUAAACAGGAAUUACUAAAUCUUCUUGCUCUACAAUCUUAGAUUUCCCAUUGCCCUUCAGUCUGUUUUGUGCUGUUUUUAGUAUUGUCUGAAAUGUAAAUGUACAAAAAUUGAAUAACUUAAAAUGGGAAUAAUAGUUGCAAAUUGCUCAACUCCAAAUACAAAACAAAAAAAAAUAUAAAAACUGUGGGACAUAUGCAAAAUACUGUCGUUUAGUACAAGAACAUAAUAUCUGCAAAUGAUACUUGGACUGUAAUAUCAAAAAGACUGAAAUGCAAAAAAUCCUUCAAGUGUUGGAGGAUACCUAAUCACUUUGAAAGAUCUGUAAUGCAAAUGCAGCUUGCAAGUCUGUUACCUCAUUGGCCUCUUUUCAUGUCUACUUUGUGUACUGAGUGUAAUGGGUUUUUUUGUGUUAGCUAUCUUAAUUUCUCCAGAAGACUUUUUUUAGGCCUCACUUACUGAAAAGAGACUUCAAAAUGUUGCUGUGAAUACAUCUUAAUUCUAGAAUUUGCAUAGCUCUCGUUCUUCAGUGACUAGUACUUGUAUGCUACAUGCUUUGAAGUUCAAUAGAAAGCUGGAAGGUCAGUAGAUGUUUUGUUUUUUUAGUUUAUUUUUAAUACUACAUUUUCUAUUACUACAGCAAACAUGCCUUUUUGUGAAGGGUGUGAGAGGCCUAACAUCUGAAACAUUUGCACUAUACUUUUAAAUGGUUUGUUAAGCAUAGAGACAGCUUUUUCCUCAGUGUACAUUUGUUAGGUGGUACUGAAACUGGCUUUGUAAUUUAAGUCUUCAUUGCAGCUAGAUGUGUGUUUCCUUUUAAACCAAGUCUCCAACAAGUGUGGCUCACUUGUCUUGCUAAAAUGCAUUCUUUAGCCACUAUGUAUUUUUGCAGCUGUCUCCAGCCAGUUCUCCUUUUUCUCUACUCAACAAAAUGCUGAAUGUAACACUGAAAAUGGGCUUAAUUGUGGAAAAAGGCCUGCUGCAGCACUUGUGCACUGUUGUUACUUGCAAAUUUGAUUAUUUUUGUUCCGUGAUUUGAUCUUUCUGUUCCUAGAAGAUGUAUAUAUUUUCUAAAUGAUUUCUUUGUGUAUAUAAGGUAUGUUCUUUAAUGAAGAAAAGCAAUGCAAUAAGGAGCUUUGCACAUUUUUUUUUCAAAUGCAUUUUGUUUGAAAACAAAUUCACCUGCCUAAAGGUGCAAUUGUUUCGACUUCAGUAACUUGAUUUGAAGAUAAGCUGGAAUUUUGAUAAGAACAGAGAUGCGUAGUAAUGGCAUAGAAUUACUUGCCACUAAGCUUUUUAAGUUUCUCACAGCGUACCAAAUCUAUUAAUUAGCUAUUAAAAGUUUCUGUGACAAAUUCAGGGAUUGCAUAAAAGAUUUUGACAAUUUUAUUGUUCAGGUGCUUGAGAGUAUCUGUAACAUGAUGCAUGAGAUUUUCCCUCAUUUAGCAAGUGUCUCCAUCAAGCAAAUUUUUAUUAUGGAUUUAAAGAAAAAUAAAAAUGCUGCAAUACAUCAGAAAUCUGCAACUAUUACUGCACAUGCAGCAGAUCAGAGAAACCAGAAAACUUCAACCAGGUUUGGAAUUCUGUGCAACUUGCACUUUAUAAUAAAGCUGUUCUGCAACUUCAGUCAGUAAUCAAUCAUUAAAAUGUCAUUUCGUAAAGAAUUUCAUUUUAAAAGGUACUUUAUAACAGCUUAUUUUUGAAUGUUUUAAAAACUAGAAUGACGUGUAGAGAACUGUUGUACAUCCCCUGUACAUCAUGUUUAAAUUGUUUUUAUGUAGUUAUUGAUUUGUUUUGUUUAGAUAUGUGUAUCAAACUGGAACUUUUUUCAACUGUAAAUAUAUGGGUUUAUUAAAUAAAGUCAUGUAAAGUUA